AUCUGAAUCUCAGUCUCAGACAACAUUAACAUCAAUGAAAAAGAUAUCUUAACUUAAAAAACAACACAUUUUUAAGAUUUCCUUCUCCAUCCCAUUGAUUUAUGAGAUUACAGUGUCUAGUUAUCUGUCUCUCUUGACUUUUAUUCCCAGAUUCUUUCAUCUCUGCCGCCAUUACUACUCGUACUAAAAGUAACCCUCACUUCCAUUUUUGCGAAAAUCUCUGUUUUUUUUUGCUCUAUUUGUGUUUUGUACUGAAAAAACAUCAUAUUCUAGAGAUUCUUGGGAUGUGCAAUUGUAUAUAAGUUUCUGGGUCUGUAAAUGAAAACUGACUGCACAAUGAGUGAAGAAUUAAUGUUUGAAAUGGAUAGAAGCACUACCGAAGAAGGUGAUCUUGAAGAAGAAAAAGCUGUAGAAAUUAACAGUAAUAACAAAAGAGACAAACCCUUGUCAGAAAAUGUGCAGUCAAUCUCACCAGUUUUUUCAUCUUCUUCUUCUGAUUUUAAGAGAAGAAGUAGAGGAAGACCUAAAGGUUCUGGCAAUAGACAACUCCUUGCUUCUCUUGGUGAAUGGGUAUCUAAUUCAGCAGGAGGAAAGUUCUUACCACAUGUAGUGACAAUAGAUUCAGGGGAGGAUAUUGCUGCAAAAAUAAUAUCAUUUUCACGCAAGGGUCCUCGGGCCAUCUGCAUUCUUUCUGCUAAUGGAUCUGUUUCCAAUGUUACUAUUCGCCAACCGGGGUCUUACAGUGGUAUCUUGUCAUACGAGGGCAGUUUCGAGAUAUUGUCUUUGACGGGUUCCUUCACCAUCAACAGUACGGGUGGAGUUCGCAGCAGAACUGGUGGGUUAAGUGUCUCGUUGGCUGGCCCUGAUGGUCGCGUGGUUGGCGGAGCAGUUGCAGGUCAGUUAUUAGCUUCCAGCAAAAUCCAAGUCAUAGUAGGGAGUUUCCUGCCAAACACUCACAAAUCACAAAAAAGGAGGCAGAAUGUUGAAUGCUCAAUCGCUUUAAGUCAUCGGAAAGACAUGCCGCCAACAGCAGCAACACCAAUUUCCCAAGCAAAGCCAGACGAAGAAAUCAGUUUUACUCCAAUGCCAACACUAACUGAACAAACCCAAGGAGAGGAGGAAGAGGAAGUAGAGAUUAGGGCAGACUUCGCGGAAAUGCAUACAUUACUUGAACCAAGACAACUAGGAGGAACAGAGAACAAUGGUAAUCACACCGCAAACACUAAGCAAAGUGCUGACUGCUCUUCUUUUCCUGUUGUUGGUCAGCACAUGCCCCGCUCCGUGCCUGAUCAAAGACUGUCAUCUGAUACUCAUGGGUACAUAUGAGGAGUAUAGGGAUACAAAGGCAUGUGUUGUCCUUGACUUUGUUUUUCUUUUAAGGUUCCUAACACUAAUAUCACUUCUCCAAGAUUUUUAUUUAAUUUUGAGAUGUGGACGAAAUUGCUAGUUUUGUAACCUCCCGGAAUUGUUAUCAGAUUAGUUAACAGUAGGUUAAAUUGUACCCAGAUCAUAGACGAUCCAUUAAGCAAACUACAUCAUGUGGUAAUUGUAAUGUGUGUGACAUUGCAAAAUUGUUGAAUGAUCGGUAAAGCAAUAGCUUCUU